GCCUUCCCACAAGGCAGCGCGCUGGCCAACGCGGCCGGCUCUGGAGCCCUUUGUGAGGGCGGUGGGCUGCGCCGGAUAGCGGCACCAUGAGUGGCUCUGACGGGGCCUCAGCGACGUCCGUCAACUCCGCGCCGCCUGCGCAGGAGGAGGGCAUGACGUGGUGGUACCGCUGGCUGUGUCGCCUGUCGGGGGUGCUGGGGGCCAUCUCGUGCGCCAUCUCGGGCCUGUUCAGCUGCAUCACCAUCCACCCUCUGAACAUCGCGGCGGGCGUGUGGAUGAUCACGAAUGCCUUCGUCCUGCUGCUCUGCGAGGCGCCCUUCUGCUGCCCGUUCAUCGAGUUCGCCAACACGGUGGCGGCGAAGGUGGACCAGCUGCGCUCCUGGCAGAAGGCCGUCUUCUACUGCGGGAUGGCCGUCGUCCCCAUCGUCAUCAGCCUGACCCUGACCACUCUGCUGGGCAACGCUGUCGCCUUCGCCACCGGCGUGCUGUACGGACUCUCUGCCCUGGGCAAAAAGGGUGACGCCAUUUCCUACGCCCGGAUUCAGCAGCAGAAGCAGCAGGCUGACGAGGAGAAGCUCGCAGAGACCCUGGAGGGGGAGCUGUGACGCGGGUCCAGGGGACCUCCCCACCCUCUCACUCCUCGGGUUCUGCGUGAGCAAGUUCAAGAGGACAGGCCCCUGAAGUAUUGACCCUGGGGGACAGCCUGGAGGAGGAGGCAUUGACCCUGGGGGACAGCCUGGAGGAAGAGCCUUUGCCAAGCUCCCAUCAGCUUCUCUGCACCUGUCCCCACACUGGAACCCUGUCUGCCCCUCUUCCCAGUUUGGCAUCUCCUGGCCCUGAGCUGAUGCUAGGGUGAGGGCUCUGUGGGCCUUGCCUAGCAGCAAGGACAUGGGCAUUGCCAGCCUUGGUGAGCCAGGCCAUAGGACUUGGGCUCUGCGCCAACAGCCCUCCUGGCCCCACGGCAGCCUGCGUGGCUGGAAACAGGCCUUGGGUGGACGGUCACGGCUGGCAGAACCGCGGGGCCCGGGAAGCCUGGAGGAGCUUCAUUGCGGCCCUGGUCCCGUCUUCCGGUCGGAGGCCGGGCUGCAGCCGAGUGAGCCUCCUCUCUGCUCUCCAGGCAGGAGGCCUCCGGGAGGCUGGGCCACCUCUGUCCACCGGCCUUCAGGGCAGAGCAGUGGUGGAGGGCUGUCUGCUGCUGCCCACGGCCCCAGCCACGCUCCUCCAUGGGAGCCUGCAGGGUGGCCACGAUGCUCCUGGCGCACCUGGAGCAGCAGCCUCGGCAGCAGCUGGACAACUGGUGGGACUGGUGCCUCCCCCAGUUCCUUGGGCCUCGGACAGACCAUUCCAGGAUGCGGCCCACGGCCUGGCCUGAGCCCAGGCUCUCCCCUCCCCGCCCCCUGGUGCUAAGGAAGUGGGGUCCUGCCCUGUCUGCAGGCCUGAGCUUGCCCCACCUUGGUAUCCCUGUGAGAGCUGGGCAGGUGGAGAGCUGGUGCCCAGGGCGUGGCCCUUUGGGGACCUGUGGGCUGGUUUCCUGCAGGCUCCUUCCACAUCGUCACUUCCUCUGCCCGUGGCCGUGCCCACUGGCCACUCUGAUUGCCCGGCUGGCCUUCAGCUAUUAGGCAUGUCUGCCAGGGCCUGGCUGCACCCGGCAGGAUGGGCAGGUGUGGAGAAUGCUCUGUCAGUGCCCCACUCCUGCUCCUCCUCCCAGCUCCCAGGCCCCAAUGCUGGGCCUGUUCUGGCUCCCAGCCCAGGGCAGUGCCUGGCUCUUGGCUUCCCAGAGGGGCCUUUCAGGGUGUGGCAGCCCUGCCCCAGGGACACAUCCCUGGGCCCCAGUCAGCAGCAUCCCCAGCAGCCCUCCAGGAGCCGGCGGGGCCGAGCCCAGCGCCCUGCAGUGGCCAGUGUGGUGGACAUGUGCCUUCAGGCUCCUCUGGGGCCGCCCUCCUCAGGGCUGUGGCCCAGGCCUCCGGGCUGGUGGUGUGUGUGCCGUGUGCAUGCGUGUGUGUUCUCCACGUGUGCCGUGAAUAAGACCUGUCUACCUCCCAGGAGGAGCAGCGGCCGCUCGCCCUCUGGGCUCCUGAUCCAGGAAGGGGGCCGGUGUCACUCCUGCCAGCUUCCUGUCGGUACAGGGAGCUCGCCGAUGGCCCGUGCUGUGGGAGGAGAGUUGGCUGCGUGUGGCAAGGGAGGCUGCAUCUGUGCCCUGUGGGCAGCUGGGUGGGUGCUGGGCCAGCUGUAGAGCUGCGAGAUGUGGCAGGGCCCUCCAUCCCCUCCGUCACAGGCCAGAGCAGGCAGGCACUUGCCCAAGGUUCCCAGUGAGUCUGACGAGUGGUCCUGGAGCCCGUGACCUGUCUCCCGGGGAGUCCUGCCUGCAAGGAACCUCUGUCCAUAAGCGGAGGGGCCGCCACAGGGCCCACGCCCGCCUCCGUGUCUGGAAUGCCUUCUGGCUCUCGCUUUCUGUUUACCUUGACUGUGGAGCAAUAAAGCCUGGUGGCAGUUUGUA